GGAUUUCCGUGACCGCAAGGAUUUAUUGGAGUCAACACCACUUUGGGUCAACACCGUCGAUUUGGGGCUUCGAUCACGCAGAGUUUACGAGCAGUGAAACACAUCCUGAUCAACGCAUUCCCCAAGCAGAAGACUCGAGAAAGAAGAUCGAUCUUCAGAGUGCGGAGUAGUUUCCGUUCUGGUGGAUGGUUGUUCUAUUGUUGGCGAGUGCCGAAUCGAGCUUAUGAUGGCGUCGUUUAGUAAAUUCGAGGCUUAGAAUCCUGCCGUACGGCUUAUGGAUGCCCUUCAAACUUGCUGGAAAUUGUUCAAAUCACAACGACGGAUGUAUUAGUGCUCUAGUUUCCGUGGCACGGCAAGAAAUGAACUAUGAGUCAUUUCGAACGGACAUGUAUUCCAUGGAAUGUAUGCCGAUUCAAAACCAAACUGUGGCUUUGGUACAUUGUGUUAUUAUGGACCACAUGUGUGUUUGAUCUUCAUCCUAGCUUCACCAGUGCAUCAACAGCCACUUUCUAUAUUUCUGAAGGACUCCCAAAAGGAUCUUUUGUCGGCAGCCUGACACACGUCAACUUCAACAUCGUAACAGGCAUCACUCCUCAAGCUGGUGACUUGAACGUUGAUUCAGUUACGAAGAUCAUUACUACAAACGUUGUUUUGGAUCGCGAAACCGUUCCAAACUACGAAAUUUCCUUAGUGGCCUUCGCUCCAUUUCAGAGAUUGCUAGUUUUAGUAAAUGUAACUGAUGCUAAUGACAACACUCCGAGAUUUGCGAACGAUGUGUACAAUUUCAAGCUGUACGAGGAAGGCUCUGUGCAGCAGCGAAUCAAGGCAUUGGACAAAGAUUUCGGCUCAAAUUCGACGCAAACAUAUUCUAUAUUAUCUGGAAACAUUGGUAGUGUUUUCAAGCUGACUGAGUUUGUGGAUAACAACGGCGCUUUAUGUGCAGAACUAGGUUUGGAGCAAGGAAAAGUCCUCGAUCGAGAAAAGCGCGACGCAUACAUUUUGAAUGUGUCUGCCAGCGAUGGAGGCAAUCCACGGCGGACUGGUUUUGCAUUACUCAACAUUACUGUGCUAGAUAUAAACGACCAUGAUCCUGUAUUUACGAACAAAUCUUAUUCAGCUAACAUUACCGAAAAUUCGGCAAUUGGUACACCGAUUUUGAAAGUCUUCGCCACUGAUAAUGAUAUUGGAAUGAACGGUGAAGUUUUGUAUGUGAUCGAGCGUGGCUCGCACUCGGAUCCCAACUUUGUGUUUAGCAUCCAUGACAAGACUGGAGUGGUAGUGAACAAUGUACUACUGGAUUAUGAAAAGAAACACGAUUACAGCAUAUUAGUUCGAGCAAGAAACCCUGGCGUUCUGGGAUCAUCCAAGUUUGAUGUUGCAACUGUGAGCAUUCAUGUCCUAGAUAUUAACGACAAUAAACCCGAUAUUAGAGUAGAAUUUCAGCUUGGCGGAAGCUAUCAAGUUUCCGAAGACGCCAGUAUUGGAACUUCGGUCGCACGAAUUUACGUUUCUGACAAAGAUUCGGGCAAAAACGGAGAGGUUGAUGUUACUCUGGAAGGAGGUAAUGGACAUUUUAGUGCUAAGUCAGACCCUAAUAAUAAUGUUGACAUUAUUGCAACUGCUAAACAAUUGGAUCGAGAAAGACAGGCAGCUUAUACAUUGAAAGUUGUUGCCAAAGACAGAGGCCAACCCCAGCAAACCUCACAGGAAAGUUUUAUCAUUAAUGUCGGAGAUGUCAAUGAUAACCAUCCUGAAUUUGAUCAAGAUGUGUUUACUGCUGUGUUGUCAGAGAAUGCUACCAUUGGAUCAAGGGUUGUGGUCACUCGUGCUGCUGACGAGGACAAAGGUUUAAAUGCCAAGUUAGUUUAUAAUAUCUCCUAUACACCACAAGAUGCUCUUUUCAAAACAUGGUUUAAAAUCAACCAGACGACUGGAGAAAUCUUUACAGCUGCAAUGUUGGAUCGCGAGAAAGUUCCCCAACCCAAGUUCCUUGUCACUGUGACUGAUUCAGGCAUUCCACCAUUGAGUGCUAACUGCACAGUUAUCGUAAACAUAAGUGAUGCCAAUGAUAAUUUACCAGUCUUUACCAAAACUGUUUACUUUGCAACAGUCGAUGAGAAUACUGCUAGUGACACCAAUGUCACACUAGUUUCAGCAACUGAUCGUGACAGUGGACUUAAUGGAAUUGUAAGCUAUUCUUUAGAAACCAAUCAAGGAAAUACACCUUUUGCUAUAAACUCUAAAAGUGGAAUUGUAACAACAUCAGGACCGAUCGACUAUGAACUUCAAGCUUCAUACAUAUUUAACAUUGUGGCUUCUGAUGGAGGCGGGCAAACGGCAACCUCUGUUCUGAACAUUUCAGUUGUAGAUGAGAAUGACAACUAUCCAGUCGUAAACCCAACAACAUACAGUGUAUCACUGUAUGAGAAUCUGACAGUGGGAGAUGUUGUAGCAACAGUUUUUGCCAGAGAUAAUGAUAGUGGUAUAUUCUCACAACUGACCUUUUCAAUUUCAAAUGGGAACAGUGACGGUCAUUUUUUUAUGAAAUCAUCAACUGGAGUAAUAGUUCUGCUUAAAUCCCUUGAUCGAGAAACAAAGGACUUUCACAGACUUGAUGUGGAGGUUACUGACGGUGGUGGAUUGAAGUCCAAAAAUUCAGCAGUUGUAGAAGUGACAGUCUUAGAUGUGAAUGAUGAGCCUCCAGUUUUUGAACCCAGCUUUUACAACUUCACCAUAGUUGAAAAUUCUGAUUUACACACAGUGUUAGGCUCAGUGUAUGCUUCAAGUAAAGAUCUGGGAACCAAUGCUGAUAUUUUCUACGCGAUCAGUGGAGGCAACAUCCAUAGUGUGUUCAGCAUCAACGCUACUGGAACAAUAUUUACACAGAGCAACAUUGACCAUGAAACAACUCCAAAGGUGUGGCUUAACAUUCAAGCUAAAGAUGGUGGUAAGCCCCCUCUAUAUGGCUUUGCGAAUGUGAGCGUGACAGUAAUUGAUCUUAAUGACAAUCCUCCAUCAUUUGACAGCGGCAUAAUUGAUGUUGACAUUCUAGAAGACACCAAAGUUGGACAAACAUUUUAUAAUGUGACUGCGCAGGAUCCAGACAGUGGUCAUUUUGGACAAGUGAGGUACACUCUUCUUGUGAACCCUAACAACACAUUUGAACUGGGUCAAGAUACAGGCUCACUGUCAUUGACACGUGCUAUUGACUUUGAAGGCCCCAGGCAGUAUUCAAUUCGAGUUUUGGCAGAAGAUGGUGGUUCACCGCCAUUGAAUACCACUGCCACUUUUAGAUUGACUGUCGUAGAUGUGAAUGAUCACGCACCCAUCUUCCCAAACACUUCGUACACUGUAUAUGUCAGUGAACGCACACCAGCAGGGACUGACAUCUUGAAUGUGUCAGCAUCCGAUGCCGACACAGGGGACAAUGCUAGAAUUUCAUACUCCUUUCAGUCAGGAGUGGAUACCACCUUGUUUGGCUUGCGACCAAACGGUUGGAUCUUCAUAAAGCAAAUACUAAACAGAGAGGAAAAAGAAGUUUAUAAAUUCACUGUGGUUGCAACCGACAAAGGAAAUCCCCCAAAGAGUUCGACGGCUGAUGUAACUGUCUAUGUUGAAGAUGUUAAUGACAACAAUCCAAAGUUCACGCUGUCUUCAUACAUAUUCCCAGUUGAUGAGAAUGAACCGAACAGAACAUUCGUAGGUCAAGUUUCUGCAACAGACAAAGAUGCUGGAAGUAAUGCCAAGAUUGCAUAUAUUUUAAUGUCUCCAAGUCCCGAGUUUGUGGUCGAUCGAAACACAGGCGUUAUAAGAACCAACAAAGUCUUGAACCGAGAACAGGAAAAAUCCUUCAGCUUCCUGGUCAAGGCAGUUGAUCAUGGGCAGAACCCCAGGACAGGCUCUGCCAGUGUCACCGUAACUGUUCAAGAUCUUAACGACAAUGCACCCAUCUUUAAGGAACUAUCUUAUGAGAAAGCUGUGUAUGAGAACAUUGAUGUGGGGUCUUCGGUCAUUACAGUGCAAGCGACAGAUCGAGAUGUAGGGUCUAACGGUGAGGUCAGCUACUUCGCUGCUAGUACAACUAAUAUGUUCAGCAUAGAUGCGCAGACUGGACUGAUCACCACUGCAGCUCCGUUGGAUCGCGAGAAGAACGAGCGAUACACGUUGAAUAUUGGUGCUAGCGACCAAGGGAACCCACCUCAGUCCACUGUUGUGUUCGUGACUAUUCACGUCCUAGAUGUUAAUGACAAUGCACCUCGCUUUGUCAACAACAGCUUCUUCGUGAAUGUGCCGGAAAAACAAGCGGUUGGCACUGUCGUGACCACCGUGACAGCCAAGGACAAAGAUGCCGGGAACAACGGAAGAGUGCGUUACACAAUCGAUCAAGGUAACGGUGGAAAAGUAUUUGAAAUCAACGUGACCUCCGGUGUUAUUGUCCUGCGCAGACCACUGGAUUUCGAGAAAAGAAGCAAGUACCAGUUGAGGAUCGUAGCCAGAGACCAGGGACAAAACAGCCAAAGUAGCUUUUUGUACGUCACGGUGUUUGUGUUAGAUUCCAACGACAACACACCCACGUUUGACAGGAACCCCGUCACGGUACAACUACCUGAAGGUGUGCCAACCAACUACAACGUGACCACUAUAACAGCUCAUGACUAUGAUUCUGGCCAGAACAGCUGGAUUCGGUAUUCAGUCGAUUCUCAGUCCCCAGGACCUGCGAAAUUUAAAGUGGAUCCGUCGUCGGGCACCGUGCAGACUAUCGGAACAAUCGAUCGCGAGUUGGUGGACGAGUACACAUUGAACAUCCGAGCCACCGAUCAAGCGUUCACAGAAUCCGAGCGAUUAUCGAGUACCAUAACGGUUUUCAUCAUCGUGGACGAUAUCAACGACAACAAGCCAGCCUUUGUGUCGCCGAACUACACGUAUGUUAUGGAAGACGAACCGUUCGGCUACCCUGUCAUCACCAUCACUGCCAUUGAUCAGGACUUAAGUGGCAACGGUCGAGUGAAGUACAGAAUCGAGCAAGGUGGCAGCGGAGAUAGCUUUGGAAAGUUCUCUUUACAGGCGGACACUGGUCUGCUAAUGUUGCAGGGCGCGUUGGAUUACGAGACCACACCCAAGUAUGUCCUGAACAUUUCUGCCACAGAUGAAGGGACCCCGCCGCUGUCCUCAUACCAGCUCCUCACCAUUUUCCUGGUCGAUGUGAACGACAACGCGCCGGAAUUUCAGCCGAGUCUGUUCCUUGGCAACGUGAGCGAAAACGAGCCCAUGGGUACCACUGUGAUGAAGAUCAGCGCCAGUGAUCUAGACAGCGGGUCAAACGGAGCUCUGACCUAUAGCAUUCCCAGGGGGAAGGUGAUGUCCAAGUUUGCCAUCAAUGAAAGCAGUGGGGUGAUCUACACGAAUUCGACGCUUGACCGUGAGACAAAAGACAAGUAUCAACUUACUGUGUAUGCCACUGACAAUGCGUUCCCCUUUCGCGUCGGCACUUGCAGUGUGAUAAUUAGAGUUCUGGACAAGAACGAUCACGGUCCUGUUUUCAACCCUUCUCGCUUGAAUUUGACUGUCUUGGAAGAGCAAGCCCCCUUCGUGUUUCACACUUUAACAGCUCAAGAUUCAGACAUCGGUGAAAAUGGCCGCGUACGCUACGUUCUAAAGAGCGGCGACGAAGACGGGAAGUUUUCAAUCGGAGAGUUCUCUGGCGCGCUGUCGACAACAGCUCGGCUCAACAGAGAAGACAAAGCUCGUUAUGAUUUAGAAAUAGAAGCAAGCGAUGUCACAUCUCCUUUUCAUAACUCCACCGCUCGCGUGACAAUCAUUGUCGGUGACAUAAACGACAAUCCGCCGAAGUUCCAGCAAGAUUCUUACGAUGUAAAUAUCCGCGAGCUGACGAAGACUGGCUCUCUUAUCCUCACCGUGACAGCAACUGACAGCGACUGGGGAAUGAACGGAGACGUAGUGUACUCCUUGAGCAACAAUACAUUUGGCGUUUUCCGCAUCGAUUCUAAGACAGGAGAGAUCUACACCGUGCAGGAAUUCGACUACUCGGUCAGCAAGGAGUACAACUUCCUCUGUCACGCGACGGACAGAGGUGUGUUCCCGAGGAAAGCAUCAGUUGCCGUGAAGGUGUCAAUCAUCGAUGAGAACAACCAUGCCCCUGAGUUUAAGAUGAUACCUUAUGUCAAAGUGAUCGAGCGGUCUGUCGUCAAGCCAGAGGAUUUGUUGCUGACAGUUAGUGCAACGGAUGAAGAUUCUUCAUCAAUUACUCAAAUGACUUACAGGUUUGCCAACGGCUCUUCGCCUCAGUACUUCCUCUUGGAAAGCAACACUGGGCAUUUACGAUUCAAAAAUGUUUCCAGCAUUCCAGACGGUGCGUACAUUUUAAACAUCGUCGCUGACGAUGGCGGCAAUCUCACCGGAAGGGGAAUAGUAGAGAUUGUCGUGGGCACCGUCUCGGUUACUCCACCUCAGUUCGUGAACAGCACGCCAGUCUUCGUGUCCCUUCCCGAGAACAGCCCGAAGAAUCACGAAGUGACCCGAGUGUUAGCGAAUCCAUCGAAUGAUAUAGCGUACAGCAUAGUUGAAGGGAACAUCGGAAACGCUUUCUACAUCAAUCCUCAAAGCGGUGUCGUGACAGUGGCAAAUCAAGCGCAGCUCGAUUUUGAGAGAUUGCGUGACUUCCGCCUUUAUAUCAUCGCGUCAAGGUCCUCGUCACGAAAUGCUUACCUAACCUUGUACGUCAACUUGACAGAUCUGAACGACAACGCGCCAGUGUUUUAUCCUGCUAACAUUUCCGUCCAACUCACAGAGGACAAUGCGUCUUUCACCAGCGGUUUUGUUCCAAGAACAGUAACGUCACUAACGACGACAGACAAGGAUUCUGGAGAUAACAACAAAAUAACGUACGAAAUGUUUGGAGGCAACGUGAACGAACAGUUUUCCAUUAAUUCACAGACGGGUGUAAUUUCCACACGGGGACCAAUUGAUCGUGAAAAUAAGACCCUCUACGACCUGGUUGUCAAGGCAACUGAUGGGGGAACCCCGCCACAGUCCAGUUUAAGUCACGUGUUUGUCAAAAUUAUCGACUUGAAUGACAACAUCCCAGUAUUCUCAGGGCCCUAUUCAGUGGACGUCGAUGAGGACCUUAAGGUGGGAUCUGUCUUGAAGCGUCUUGCUGCUUCUGACAAGGACGAAAAUCCAAAUUUGGCGUACUCCUUCAGUAACGGCAAGAACAGCCAAGGUCUGUUUCACAUUGACCAAUUCACCGGAGACGUUAGCUUGCUGGGAUCUCUUGAUUAUGAGGGGACCAAAUCUUACUUGCUAAACAUCACCUGCAGCGACGGAGUCCACCUGUCAGAAACAACUUUGUCCGUGCAUGUUAAAGAUGUCAACGACAACGCGCCCAAAUUUUUGGACAGCUCUUAUCAGGCGACUUUGUCCGAGGAAACAGCGGCAGGGACGUCCAUCCUGCGGGUCAGCGCUGAAGACGAAGACAGUGGCUCCAAUGGGCAGCUCACUUAUGCGUUCGACACUUCCGUCGACGAAUUUCGGAUUAACAGCUCCUCCGGCGUCAUCUACACGGCGAAACGGAUCGAAGUUGGCGUUCGGGAAUCGUUGCUCUUCGUGAUCGUGUCGGCCACUGACCAUGGUACUCCCACUCAGCGUGCUUUUGUCACCGUGCAAAUCAGAAUCAACCGAAAACCAAGGUUUAGCCAGGCAGCCUACAAGGCGAGCAUUCCCGAAGACACGAAACCCGGUACUUCGGUCGUGACGGUUUCGGCAGUCGAUGACUCCGGUUUGAACGUGGCCAAGAUCAGUUACGAGCUUAAAUUUGGUGAUCCCCAGUCACUGUUCAGGAUUGGUCGCCGUAGUGGUGUCAUAGAGGUCAAUAAAGAUGGUUUGGACUACGAGACGGAAUCGAAUUACCUCCUUGGUGUUGAAGCGCGGGAUGACAGCACGAAUAAGAGCGUUGUAGUUGAAGUGAACAUUACCAUCACAGAUGUGAACGAUAAUCCACCAGUUUUCGAUCCCGCGAAUUACGUUCAAGAAGUCAACGAAGACGUGCCGAACGGUACGAUGAUUCUCCGAGUGAAUGCAUUGGAUAGAGACUCGGGAUUGAACGGACGCGUGGUGUUUUCCAUCGGGUCAGGCAAUGAUAAACAGUCUUUCAAGAUCGACAGCACGACUGGUGAAAUAGUGACGAUCAAGCCGUUGGAUCACGAGAGUAUCAAGGAACAUAAGCUGUCGAUAGAAGCUAGAGAUGAAGGUGUUAAACGAAAGAAGAGUCUUGCAUCUGUGAUAAUCAAAGUAGGCGACAUAAAUGACAACGUUCCUGAAUUUUACAUCCCUCAUCCUGAUAAAGUGGCGGUGGAAGAAAACUCACCCGUGGGAACAUCCUUCUAUGAUGUUACUGCUAUUGAUCGCGACUCUGGGAACUAUGGAGCGGUCAAGUACAGCAUCCUCGGGGGGAGUGGCUGGAGCCUUUUUGUCAUCGACAGUUUCAGCGGAGAGCUCAGUACCAACGCAACGUUUGACUACGAAACUCGUAAUAGUUACGUUUUGGAAGUCAAAGCUGAAGAUGGAGGAAGCCCACCUCUGACAAGCAACGUAAACCUGACAGUUUACAUCAAGAGCGUGGAUGAAAGCGAUCCCAAGUUUGAAAAGAGUAGCUACGAGUUUGACAUCCCUGGUAACGCGAAAAUCGGCGACGUUGUAGGGCAGGUAGUCGCCACAGACGAAGAUGAAGGCGAAGAUGGAGUCGUACGUUAUUCGUUUGAGUAUAGCAGUUCAGAUGUGUUUGCAAUCAAUGGAACUUCCGGAGUCAUCUUCGUGAACAAGUCGCUCGAGGAAGUCAACAGUGCUAGGCGCAGCCGAAGAAGUAUUGAUUUAGCCGAUGAAGAAUCGAUUGGGUCACGCCGGAGAGCAAGAAGAGAAACUGACGUGACAAAGGUCAUGUUACGCGUACGCGCCGAUAGCGGCAAAGCAAAGUCAAAGGCGAGUUUGGUCUUGGUUGAAGUAGGAAUAGACUUUGCCUGUCCUGGAUGUCCGACCACAGGAGCAAGAGAUGAUGAGGACGACGGAGGAAUAGCUGGUAGCACUUUGUCUAUAAUUAUUGCCUUAGCAGUCCUGGCCGGGGUCAUUUUAAUCGCCUUUAUCGUCGUUAUGGUCGCCAUUUAUAUGCGAAAGAAGAAGAAGAAGAGGAAUCGACAGCAUCCUCGCUUGCGUUACGAUGGCUCAUUCGAUGAGAUCACCGUGCAUCCUCAAGCUCCAAAUGGAAAUAUAAACCACGUGGACUCAUCCCUUGAUAACGUCUCCACGCCGCGCGGCUAUUCUCAGGAGUGCUCCCCGCUGAACGGCCCGAGUGACUCGCCUGCCCGUGGAACCGAAUCCUCGGAUACGCCGAACAGCGCGUCGAGCGGUCGAGGAUCAUCCGAAGGUGUCGAUUUCGAAGAUGGCCAUCCGCCGGUGAUCGUGAACGGAGAUAUCGGGAGUCUGCAUUCGGAGAACUAUGUCAAAACUGUUGUGGGACCGGAUUCAGGGAUUCAGCAAGAUUCUGAUCAAGUUUCUCAGCUUACGAUCAGUGACGGAAGCAGCAUGAUGCAAGGGGAGGGCCUCGCGAUCGAUAAACAAACGGACAAAAUCGAUAAGUUACUCGCUCGGCUGGGAAGUCAAGAAAGCCUUCACGUGUUCGGUGAAGAAGGGGGCGGCGAGGCGGACGGCGGAGUGGACGUCAGUAAUUUAUUAUACGCGAAGCUUGCGGAAGUCGACGCCGACGAGGAUGAAUCGAUUAUCGACGGCAUGAGACCGUAUGUCGAAGAAGGACACGAUCAUCCUUCGUACGGUGGCUCGUUAAGUUCGAUCGUAGGUAGUCGUGAAGAACUCACCGGAAGUUAUAACUGGGAUUAUCUGCUUGACUGGGGCCCACAGUUUCAGCCGUUAGCGGACGUGUUCUUUGAAAUUGGUAAAAUGAAAGACGACGCCCCUCCGAAGAAAUCUUUGAGUCUGAGUUUGCCUUCGAGUCAAGGAUCAAGGAAUCCUGCAACAGGAAUGGUGACAACAGACAUGCUUUCUUCGGUUUCUUCACUUCCUCGCUCACCUAUUAGCCCUCCGUCCACACGCUAUACUUCGCCGGCAUUUUCGCCGAACUUUACUCCUGCUAUUACGCCUUUAGUGACUCGUUCUCCGUCGGUUUCUCCUUUGGACACGGGUGCGUCAUCCCCGGUAUUUUCGCCCCCUGCGGGGGCCACACCGAAGUCAGGCUCGCGACCGUCUUCAAUGCACGUGCUGCAGUUGCGUAGAGACUCUCAUGAUGGUUCGAACUCAGAUUUGACUCACUCGCCGUCAAUAUCAGACAAUGAAUCCAAUCUAGAGAUCGAUGUAUAGCGAAUUUUGUAUUGUAAUAGUACCACAGUCCUAUACAGUGGGGAAAUCUUCGCGCAGAUACGGUUCCUUAUUUUUGCGGUGAUAACAGAUUACAAAUAUAUCUCGUUUUUUUUCGUUACUCUAGAAAUUGAGCUUCACAAUGUUUUUAAGAGCUCUUAGAAGGUUUUUGAUACAAGAAAACAAGUUUUGAUCUUAGUUUUCAUCGUGACAUCCAGAAGUGUCUGUAGUUUUCGUUGCGGAAGAUGUUCACCUAUAACAAAGCGAGUCUUAUUGUAUAAUAUAUCAAGCAGAGUAUUUCUAUUUUUGUAAAUAAGCGAUGAUAUCUUACAGCGCAGUUUUACAGUUUCCAGAAUGUAUAUAAUUAACGAACGAAUCAGAGUUCAGGCCUUGGCUGUUUUUAAGUUUAAAAGUAUUUACUAGUGAAAGCCUUAAGGGAAUGGAACGCAAUCGACGUGCAAGCUCGUGCUCUAGAAAUGAUAUUUUAUUAUUAGCUUGUAAAAUACCAAGGUUUUAACCUGACUAAUAGAACAGUUUUGUAUGAAGAAA